AGGUUCUGUUUCUAGGUCCGUGUACUUCCGCUCCUCCGAAAUCAACGACCCCUUUCUCCCUCUGUACAUCGGGGACUUUCUAUAGGGGUUUCUUCGUCGUUCUCGCCGUCCGUGGCGACAUAGGGUUUCCGGCAGCCGGCGAUCAUGGAGCAUGGCGAGGAGGAGGGUCUGGGCUACUGGAUUCGAUGGCAAGUGCCUGUCUGCUUUCUGGUCAUCGCCUCCCCCGCCGUCGGGGCGACGGCCGUGAUCUUGAGAGCCAGGGCGGAUCCUCUGAGAGCCGUUGAUCUAUGGAUCCCGUGCUGGACGAGGGCAAACCCCCUCUGGCUCUUAGCUUUUCGAGGCCUCGCUCUCGUUGUCUUGUCCUGCUUGCUGUACCAGAUGGUUCUCCUCGACGGCGCCUUCGCCUUCUACUUCUACACUCAGUGGACCUUUACGUUAGUCAUCAUCUAUUUUCUGAUUGCCACCUCGAUAUCUGCUCAUGGCUGCUGGAUUUAUUCAAAACAUGUUACUGAAAUAGAGGAGGCUGAUGGAUUUAUCAAAAGGGAUUGUGAAGAGAAUAUGCCUGCUAUGAAUUUUGGGCCAAAAAGAAACAGGAAAGCAAUCAAAUUGCAAAGAUACUAUGAGCAAGGAGAGAAUGAGCAAAAAGCUGGAUUUUGGGGAUACAUUAUGCAAGUCACUUAUCAGACUAGUGCAGGUGCCGUUGUGUUGACCGAUGUUGUCUUUUGGGUUCUUCUGGUACCAUUCUUGUCAGCAGAGAAUUUCAGUCUCGACCUGGUCAUGGGUUGCAUGCAUUCCUUGAAUCUUGUUUUUCUUGUACUUGACACUGCCCUCAAUAGCCUGCCUUUUCCCUGGUUCCGUAUGGCGUAUUUCGUUCUUUGGAGCUGUAUAUAUGUGAUUUUCCAGUGGGUUUUGCACGCUUGUGGAUUUUCAUGGUGGCCAUACCCUUUUCUUGAGCUCUCAACUCCUUGGGCACCACUGUGGUACUUAAGCUUGGCAUUGGUUCACUUUCCUUGUUACGGGCUAUAUAGUCUAAUUGCAAAAGUGAAGAUAACAUUUUUCACUAAAUUUUUCUCCCAUGUAUGCACGAGGUUGUGUUAGUAUAGAAGAUCAUACAUUUCCAUGCAAAAUUAUAUUCACAGGAGGGCAAUAAACAAUAUUCUUUUUCAUAGACAUGAUGAGAAGAAUUUUAAGUGCAGCUUCCUUCCACCA